CUCUAGUCUUCCUCACUGUGAUGUUAACCAGUCCAUGUGUGUGUUUUAUGUAACCCACGAGAUGAUGGGCCUACUAUCUUGUAAAGGCAUGCUUGUUGUAAAACCGUAAGGUAUUUGACUGGAGCUUAACCAGAACAAAACUGCAUUUGAAGCUUUAUAGAUGAGAUUGGACUCAGUGUUGGAUUAUCUAACAGCAAAAGGGCACUGCAUGCUUGUAACUGGAUGCAUUAUACUUUACAUAUUGCUCAAAUAAACGAGGCCAUUUAAGGUAAAUUCAUAAUCUUUCCAAAGUUUUUGUGGUUGUAGACACUAAUGAAAAAGCUAUAGACAGGAAUACCGCAUCAAACGGCUUUAUGGCUACUCGUCCAAACAAAAGAAUUUCUAAAAUAAUUGUGAUCUAAGUUACAUCACUAUUUAAAAUGCACACUUUCUAAAAACAAACAACCAGAACGGUUAAUAGUUUAGUGUUUUUAACAACUGAUUAUGACUGAUUACACGAAACAGAGUGACGUGGUGUGGCGAGUAAUCCGCCUGAUUAAGGCUACAGUAGCCUGAUGGGCGCUGAUCUUUGCUGAUUGCUGGUGCAACAAAUUGAGCAGUAAUAAUACCAGGAGGGUAUUAUUUUUGAUCAAAUUGUUGCACUCUUUGUAGUGAAAAUUAUAUAUACGUGCAUAUUAUGUAUAAUGGUUCAUGUUUGUUAUUGGUCUUUUACUGCUUAGUCACGAUGAAGCGGCUAGCUGCAGUAGUAGCAGUGCAUCUGAGGAUGCAGCUAUUCUUUCAGUAGUCCGAAAAUGUCAGAGAAUGUUACCCUUGGUUUAGUUUACUGGGAUUUCGAGUUUAUAAUUAGGCGCAAAAUUAUUUAAGCUAUACAUAAUAAUCUAUGAAUUUAUUAUCAUGCUUUCCAUUAUGAAGCCUUUGCUGACUGCCUACCUGUUAAUUAUUUUCUGUAUGUACCUCAUAAUGGGAUCAAUUAAUAUUUAAGGUUUUCGAUUGUUUUGUGUUGAAAUCAUUCUAAAACAAAAAUAUAGUGUUUUCUUUUUGUUGUAAUGGCGCAAUAUUACCUCAUUUUUUGCUCUGUGAUGCCAUCUAGUGACGAAAGAAUUGUGCGAAUUUGCCCAUGCAGAUAUUGUUCUGUCAUUUGAAUUCAGGCAAGGUAAAAAAAAAUGUGUGUGUGUGUGUGUGUGUGUGUAUGUUUGUGUGGUUGUGCCCGCGCAUUUGAUUGUCUGUGUUUGCAUUUGUUUUACUUAUUUGACCUUGAAUUGUAUACUCUUGCUUGGAAGUCACGUCUAAACAGUGGUGUUUUUGCUGAUUUUGCUUACUGCAUUGAAAAGAUGAUGUUUAAUUUUAAUUAAAUCAAGCAGGCUUGGUUUGUUUGGAUCAGCAUAAGCCAGUAAAUAAAAUUAGGCUAUGCACUCAUAGAAAAAAUGGCCUUGGAUAGUUUUAUGGAUUUUAUUAAGAGAUUAAAAUAGUCCUUAAAGAAGUUAAAGAGUCUGGUUUUAGCAUAAAAAGAAAAAAAAACAUAACCCUUUUUGUGUUUUUUUUUUAAAGCACAACCCAAAGAGAGACACUAUGAAACGGAAUUUAGGGUUAUUGUUUCAUUAACCAUAUGUAACAUUAUUUCUAAGAGUGUAAGUGUGAAAUAAAAGAUGGGGCCUAGGCCUAUGUUGUUGUAAGAUUUUGGUUUAGACUUCAUCACGGGUUGUGCAUUAUGAAUUUUGGUACAAUUUUCAUACUUUCGAUAGCCCAUAAAAUGCAUUCGUUCGACAAAAAUAAACCUAUAAUAAUUCUGACAUACUUUAGAUGCCACAACUGAUGUGAGAUCGCACCAAACAAUUAUUUUGCUGCUUUCUUUUUGUAGAUGUCUGACACUUUAGAAGCAAUAUUUUCAACAAUUCAAAUGUCGAGGUUCUUAUAUAAGAAUAAAAUUUCAUAUCGCAAAACUGGUUAAUUGUCCCAUAAAUUAUUCGUAAUGCUCCUUAAAUAGAUUAGUCUAUCGAAUUCCAAUGCCGGUUGCUGAGCCCUUAAUGCUGUGUGUUUACUUUUUGAAGCUCUUAUUUUCAAAAGGUUUUAAUUAUCUAAAUUGACGUCAAUCGAGAAACAAAACUACAACCAUGAAAAUAUAUUUAUAAAUUGACUGUGAGAUUCGUGAAGAAAACCACUCUUCGUGAGUUCAUUUGGGAAAUAAUUAACAUUCGUAAAGCAAUGCCAUACAGUAGACGUAAUGCAGACCUUCCUAUUGUAAAAAAAAAAAAAGAUUUCUUUGAGCUUGGAAACCUAGAAGUGGACUUAACAGUAGAAUAAUAUAUUUAUAAGAUCACAUGUAUAGUUUUUCGUCAAAGAAAGCACAUUUCGUCAUGCCUUUUAGGAAUAAUGUUACUCUUCUGAAGCAAGGCACUGUAAAAAAGCAGGGCAUAUGCUGGGCACAUUCUCUACACAGCUAUGCUAUUCUAUAUUUCAAACGAACAUCGAAAAUAUGGUAUUUCACCUCCGUUGAGAGAGUUACUGCAAAUGUCCAUCAGCAAUACACUUUCAGAAUAUUGUCUAGUGGUGAUAUUUUAUCUCUAUAUUUUCUUUUCUUUAUUUUUAGCGGCACUAGCAUCACUAAAAUUGCAAUAGUAGUGGAAUAAAUAUAGUUAUACAUGGUAAUUAUAAGAAUUUUUUUUAUAUGCAAUGGGGAUUCCAUCCAGUGCAACAAGAGUCCCCCUCCCUUAAUUCUAUUCUAUUGGCUGAGAUGCUCAGGAUUGGUCAGACGAUGAUCAGCUGGUGCGUUUCCCUACUCGCUCACAUUGGCACCUCGCCACCCCCCUUCGGCUAAAACCAAACCUCACAUAAAGUAAUGGCAAAACACACUUGGACUAUAAAACACAACAAAUCAUAACACUCGCACAAUAACAGUGGCCACCCAAUGAGUUCCUACUUCGUCAACUCAACUUUUCCCGUGUCUCUAGGCGGGGGACAGGAUUCUUUUCUGAAUCAGUUACCGUUAUAUUCUUCUGGAUAUACCGACACUUUGAGACACUAUCCAAGCGCCACGUUCGGGGCGAGCAAUGUCCAGGAGAAGGUGUACUCCAACUCAUACUACCAGCAAGCUAGCGGAGUAUUCGGGAGAAGUGGUUCAGGCGCUGCUUGCGAUUACGCAGCGUCCAGCAUAUACAGAGAGACGGAGCGCUCGUCGUGUCCUCUCGGAGGCUUGGAGGAGUCGCUGGCUCUCACACAGGGGCAUAGCAAGACGGAGGGCUCGGAGCACACUUCAGACACUUAUUCCUACAGCGAAAACAAGCCCUGUGCCCCCGUUUACCCAUGGAUGCAGAGGAUGAACUCGUGUAGCGGCAUUCCUGGCACCACUGGCCGCAGGGGUCGUCAGACAUACACUCGAUUUCAGACUCUUGAGUUGGAAAAAGAGUUCCAUUUUAAUAGAUAUUUGACCAGAAGGCGCAGGAUUGAAAUUUCGCAUGCUCUGUGUCUAACAGAACGACAGAUCAAGAUCUGGUUCCAGAAUCGGAGAAUGAAGUGGAAGAAGGAGAAUAAAGUCAUGAACUCUGAAAAGACCAGCGAAGAGGAGGAUGGUGGAAAGACGGGAUAAAUGCUCUCCACAUGCACUGUGUUGUAAAUAAUAAACAAGUCCAAUAUUUUUACCCACAGUACAUAGGCUAUAGUAUUUUCGUGUAGAUGUACGAAUUUAACCAAACAAAACCGUUAUCCAUUUAAGGCUUCGUUGAAGUGCAAAAGCUAGAAACCCUUCUCAGGGUUGUAAAACAUUCAUCUUUCUAAUUUCUUUCAUUUUCCUCCCACUGUGUACUAUUUUCCGCCAUUAGACCAAUGUUAUUACCUGGCACAAGAUGAAUGGCUGAAUUUUUACACUCUUGCUUCCACGACGUACAACGGGCUUAUAGUGAAGGCUAAGGGUGACAGGUUUUACUGCUGACAUAUUGGACAUUCGUGUGUUUAAACGUUCUCGUGUGUAAUUUAUUUUGUUCGUUACGUUUGUGUAUGUGGAUGCACUGAUAAAAAAAAAAAUAAUAGUGAACUUUGUUAGCAAUGCCAUUUUGCCAAUAAAAUAUGUUUAACCAUGACUAUUUAUUCGCUUGAUUGUGCUGUUAUUAUGUAGGAUAAAAUACAAGCCUUUUAAAUAUUUGAGAUGUAUAAUACAGAGGACGCAAGUCUCUAACACAGAAACACGCGAGAGCGUCACUUUAAACCGUGUUUUGGUUGCACUGAAAUGAGUACCAUGUAGGUGACUGGAUUAAUUUAAACUAUUCGAGCAGUGUGUCUUAUUAUCUUUUAAAAUUGUUGUUUCAUUCUGGACAUAUACCGAAUAUGGGAAAAAAAUAUGGG